AUGGCGAUUCUGGUGGUGUUGAUGCUCAUCUUGGGCAUCGCCGGCGGUUCAGGUGAGAGAAUCCCUUCUCGAGGAUCUUCUCUCUCCGCUUUCCGUGAUCCGACUGCUCACCUUGGGAAGCCUCGGUGUUUUCUUGUGGGAAGAUGCGAUUUGGUGCAUAUGUAGGAACGAUGCGAGUGACAAUGCCCUCCAGAGUGCCCUGGACUACGCCUGCGGACAUGGGGGUGACUGCAGCCCUAUCAGCGCGAACGGAGCUUGCUACCUGCCCAACUCGCUGCUAGCCCACUGUUCCUACGCUACCAACAGCUAUUUCCAGAAAAAUAACCGGGCGCCGGGGACGUGCGACUUCUCAGGCACCGCGACGAACACCACCGUCGAUCCCAGUAAUCUCUCUCUCUCUCUCUCUCUCUCUCUCUCUCUCUCUCUCUCUCUCUCUCCUCUCGGAAGGAAAGACUUGUGAAAAGCUGAAGGUCUUAAACAAUCUUGCAGGUUCUUCUGGCUGUCAGUAUCCCUCAGAUAAUAGGUACGUCCGAGUUAAAAGAAGAAAAAUCCAUCUUCCUCUUCUCUCCUCGAUUCUCCCGUUCCAAGGAGACGCUGUUCUCCCUCCAUCUCCCUCAGCGUCUGCGGCGGCCUGGACUUUUCUCGGGCUCGUCCUCUCUUUUCUCAUCUGUGGUUGCUGAAGGAUUAAUUAGACGACUGAAACUCCCUCUCUGCUUCUUCUUCUGCAGCGUUGCGAGCCCCCCCGCCAACACCGGGAUAUCGGCCGGGCCCACCGCAAGCAACCCCCCCCCCCCCCCGUUCACACCCUUCUCCAGCGCCGGCGACCGUCCAACGGCACGAGCGGGUGCGCCAUCCCUGUCCAUCGCCAUUGCCGUCUUGGCUUUAUUAGUCGCAUGA